AUGUAUUUUCGAUUAAUUGCAUUGCUUGUGUCGUUUGUUUGUCUAUGUGAUGGAAGUGAUGAAAAUAAUGUGCCAGUGGAUGAGAUAACAAAUAGAUUGUAUACAUAUCCAAAAGUACAUUCUGAAUUCUUCGAAUCACCCGAAACACAUGUACAAAAGCGAGAAAUUCCAGUCGAAACACGACUAAAAGAUAACAAAAACGAAAUUCCCGUGACUGUAGUUUAUGAAGUAACAUCAGCAAAACCUGAAAAACCCAGAAGGCGGAAGCUAAUACGGCAAGGUAGCAAGAAUGUAACGCAAACAACACAAAGUACUAUCAAAUCCACGACUCCGUUACCGAAAAUAACAACUGUGAGUACAGUUAAAGGCGUAACAUUGUUUCCUAAACGUCCCGAAGAAGACAGCAAAAGGGUAGAAUUCCAAAGACGGUCGCGCAUGCGCCCUCCAGUUGUGAAAAUUUUAGACGAGACGAACUUUGUUUACGCACACAAUGGCAACUUUCAUUACAGCUACGAUACAGCGGAUGGAACAAAGAUUUCCAGCGAGGGAAAACUCUUAAGGAAUGAUAAGAAUGAGGCAACGGGAGAAGCAGUCAUAGGAAGCGUUUCAUACACAGAUGAUGAAGGGAAAGACUUUAGUCUUUCAUACACCGCUGAUGAAAACGGUUAUCGCCCAGUAGGAGCUCAUCUACCUACCCCACCACCCAUUCCACCGGAAAUUGCUCGCGCCUUAGAAAUCCUCGCUACUAAGAAACCUGACAUUGGAACGGAUUAUUAUUAA